UUGGCUGCCCUUGCUUUGCUGCACAGCCAGCCAGCCAGCUAGCGAGCGAGCGAGCGAGAGCGAGGCGAGCGAACGCUCAGCGCACCUGCUGCUGCUAGAACAUCAUCGAUCAUCAGCAGCUUCAUCAGACCCCAGACACAAGACAAGAAGGCCACAGAGCGGAAGUGGCAGUUUGGGAGAGUGAACUUGCAGAGAGAGCAAGGGAGACCUGUUGUAAUUGAAUCUCCUCCCUGCCUCCUUUCUCUCUCGCAUUUCCUUCCUUUUCCCUCCUCAAUCCCGUUCUGCCUUCUAUCGACGACGACGACAGACGCCAUUCUUUGUUUUCUCUCUGCUUCCUCCUCCUCCUCCUCCUUCUCUUUCGUCUUCUUCCUUUUCUUUUUCUUCUUCAUCGUCGUCGUCAUCCGAGCCUCUACAGUGGUAGCACUCUGUCAGCCACUACGUAGUGCUUCUUUGCUCAUCAGAGUGAUAGCGAGAGCCCGGGACGGUCUGCUACUCGACCGAGCCUGCUUGCCCGUCCAACCGAGAUCUCAAGUCUGAAGCGGACGGCGCUUCUCCCUUUUCUUUCUUCGGCCCCUCGCGUCGAGUUUGGUGUUCUCCAUCUGUGUUUUUUUUUCUCCCGUUUCCGAUUUGUUUGUGAGGGGAAGAUUUUGGUAGUUUGUAGUUCGUCGGAGAGGAACGGACGGACAGAAACACAGACAGACGCUCUAGCCUGAGAGUUUGCUCUCAAUUUGCAUACUGAAAAUUUGGCGAGCAUACCAUGAGAUCGGCGAUUGCGUCAGUAAAUUGAGAUAAAAGGAGACCCAAUUUAUCCGACCAUUUUCGUGAAUUUAGCGCUUCGAUAUGGAAGAAGGCAGCGUAUCAAUCUCCCUGGAUAUGGAUUCCUCCCCAUGGGGCGGCCAGGAGCAUAUGGUGCCCACAUCAUUCGGCCCUAUCUCAGUUCAAAUUUUUGGAGACCGAGACCAGCCUGCGCUUAUCACCUAUCCCGACGUUGCGCUAAACAGCGCCUCGUGCUUCGAGGGCUUCUUUUCCUGCCCAGAGGCUUCUUCUCUGCUCCUGCACAACUUCUGCAUAUAUCACAUUGAUCCCCCGGGCCAUGAGCCUGGGGCGAGCCAGAUUCCAGAUGAACAACCAAUGCCGUCUUGUGACGAUCUAGCGGACCAGGUGGCAGAAGUUCUUGAUUACUUCGGAUUACACGAAGUGAUCGGUCUAGGUGUUACGGCGGGAGCAUAUAUCCUGACACUCCUCGCGUUGAAGUAUAGAGAGAGGGUGCUGGGACUUAUCUUGGUAUCCCCAAUCUGCCAGGCCCCCAGCUGGACUGAAUGGAUUUACAACAAGGCCCUUACGAGUCUGCUUUAUUUCUGUGGAAUGACGAACUUUGUAAAAGAAUCUCUUCUUCAACGAUACUUUGGACAGGAAGCACGCGGAACGGACAUUAUGGGCUCGUACCGCAGAGUGCUUGACGAGGGACAAACUCAUAACAUCAUGCGUUUCAUGCAAGCUAUCCACCAGCGGAAAGACUUGACACCUGGACUAAGGAAACUCAAAUGUCGAACAUUAAUUAUCGUGGGAGAGCAAUCUCCUUUCCACUCUGAAGCACGGCAUAUCAGCAAUGAAAUGGAUCGUCGCUACAAUGCGCUAAUUGAGGUACAAGCUUGUGGUUCUCUUGUGACGGAGGAGCAACCGCAUUCAAUGUUGGUUCCUAUCGAGUACUUCUUGAUGGGUUAUGGGUUUUUCAGGCCUCCUCAACUGAUUAGUCACUCCACACCGACCAGUCCUCUUAGUCCUCCUUGUAUUUCCUCCGAACUCUUGUCUCCAGAAAGUUUAGGCCUUAAACUCAAACCCAUCAAAACCCGAGUAGCUGUGGCCGAGGAAGAUUGUUAAGAGGGUUAGGAAUCUAAAGGUUAGAAGGGACUGAGAAGUUUUUGGGUGCCGGAGUUGAUACCAAUGUUGACCACUUUCACCCCACUUCUUUGUGAGAGAACAUUUGGGAGUGGUUGUGUGCAGGCCUCUGGGCUACGAUCACGUGCUCUCAGGAAUGUGCACAACCCCUCUCGACAUUUGUAGACGAGAGAACGUAAUUCUGUUCCGUAGUAAAGCUUGUAGAACCUCUUGAAGAGAAUCUAGCUGUAGUGUAGAAUGUAAUUUCAUUCUUGGUGGAGAAAUGUACACCAUUUGAUACAAAAGAUAUCGAAGCGAAGUUCAACAAAAUAUCCUUACAGUGCAAUAAAGGGACCCUGUAUAUUACCCGAUAUCCCCGUUAUGCAGUCGAAGUGUCUGGCCUCCAAUAUCGAACAUGCCGAUCAGAGCAGAGUAUGGGUUUGUCUGUCUUUAGGAACGGUAGUAGGAGACUGGCCGUCUCACUCACUUAGUUCCAGUGGCCACUAUUCGCCAAGAUCCUGGUAGUUCUUGCACUUGGCUCUUCAGAUUUGUCCAUGUCUCCGUAAGCGAGAGUAGUAUUCUUAAAAUUAACUUUUAAGCAAUAAAUG